AUAGGCCGAAUGGGGACACGACCGAUGCUCGGCGCGUGAUUUUGAACAAAUGGAUGUCACCGAUGUCUUCAAUUAAUGCAGGAUUUUCUCACUAUACGUAAGAUAUUUUGUAUCACCAACUGAUUCUCCAGAAAUGGCCACCCAAAAAUAUGACAGAUUCUUUAGAAAUGUUACACAAACUUGAUGCAAGGAACUGAUGACGUUGCAAAGCGCUAGGCCUUCCAACUCAUGCGCUCUGCAAAAGAGCCAAAGAUCUGUCAAUUUAUUGUACUCUAUUGAAGAAUCUAUCAGGCAUUAUGGCUGCGAAGGGUGACAAGACUGGAGGUGAGACCAACGGUAGCAGUGAAUCCUCAGGAAACAUUUUGAUCAAACCAGAUGGUGGGGAUGGCAACCAGCAGGCACCAGGAACAGUACGUAUCGUGAGCGGAACGGCAGGUAGGGGUGGGAAUGUCCCGAUGCAAAUCCUAACCCCUCAAAUGUUAGCUAGCCUCUCACAACAAGGACUCAUCAUACAGAAUGAUGGCGAAAACAAGGGAAUCCUGCAAGCCGUCAAACGGGCGCGGCCGUCGUCUUCGUCAGAGCAAACUGUAACAAAAGUAGUGAUCACGCGUAACCCCGGCAACAAAGUUUCCUCAGGGAAUGUGUCCGGGGCAAACACUUCUUUCAAAUUUCAAGGUGACCCUAAGGUGAUAGGGAGUGGAUCACCUAUCAAAGUCAUCACCGUGUCACAAGGAAGCAACAUUCCAAAAGGGGUGGUCAUAGCAAGUUCACCCAGUAAACAGACUAUCGCUCCAUCGAAUAGGAUAGCAUUACCCACUGUCAAAAGCCCUGGAAAGACAAUCAUGCUUGCAAGUCCAACAACGCCUAAAAAGAUUGCCCCUGCAUCAACGUCUGGCACAGUGGGACAGACCAUUUUAGUGAAGGGGUCCAUGGGUACGACAUCAGGGACAAUCACGUUAAGUUCUGGAGCUGUAGCCAAGGUUAUCAACGUCAUGAACACCUCUGUUCCAUCAUCGCAGGUAUCUGGAGUUGCUCCUGGAACACCCGUUCCUGUUCAGAUCAGUGCCGCGGGUCAAGCACCACCUCAGCUAGCCUCAGGACUGACCACCAUCAGACCAGCAGGCAACCUGCCCGGUCAAGGGAACCUCCAAGCGGUCAGCAUGGCAGGCAAGAACUUCCCCUAUAUGCGGCUUGUGAACGUAUCGACAAACGCCACCACUUCUGCAACGCAAGCUAAGCCUGUCCUUCAGCUGGCCAAUGCUAAGCCCAUUGCUCCGGCCCCAGCUCUGGGUCAAGCUAUCCCUUCUCUGACCUCCGCUGGCCAAGCGGGAGGGGCAGCCCCAAGGACCAUUAACAUACCCAUAGCACCAGCCCAGACUAUCAACAAAGGCAUUGUCCAAGGAGGGGUUGGUAACCAACCACGAUUCAUCAUGCCUGCCAAUGCGGCCCUGAAGAUCAUUAAUGCUGGAAAACUAGCACCAGGCACCACUCUGUUGUCAGCGGGUGGUAACCUCCUUCAGAGCUAUGCUGUGAUACCUGCUCACUAUCUUACACAGCCGGUGACCAGUCAAGCUCAGCCAUCCAUCCAGUCGAGUUCUUCCUCCUCCACCUCCUCCUCCCAAGCCAACAGUACCAGCAGUCAGCCCCCGCAGCCCCAGCCAGCUCCCAUCAAACACUCAAACACCGCUAACAGUAGCAGUAAUGGGAUGUUAACUGGAGAUGGGAGUGGGAGCAGGCCACGUAAGCCGUGCAACUGCACCAAGUCUCAGUGCCUCAAGCUGUAUUGUGACUGCUUUGCAAACGGCGAGUUCUGCCGCAACUGCAAUUGCAACAACUGCCUCAACAACCUGGACCAUGAGGACGAACGGACCAAGGCGGUCAAGGCCUGCCUUGACCGGAACCCUCAUGCCUUCCAUCCCAAGAUAGGCAAAGGCCACGGCAGCCAGACCAACAGGCGGCACAACAAGGGCUGCAACUGCAAGCGAUCAGGUUGCCUCAAGAACUACUGCGAAUGCUACGAGGCCAAGAUCCUUUGCUCCAAUUUCUGCAAGUGUGUCGGCUGCAAGAACUUUGAGGAGAGUCCGGAGCGCAAGACCCUGAUGCACCUCGCCGAUGCGGCGGAGGUCCGGGUCCAGCAGCAGACGGCCGCUAGGACCAAGCUCUCCUCGCAGCUCCAGGACUACCCAACCAAGACCAGAGAGUUCAGUGAUACAGGAGAAAGGUUACCAUUCUCCUUCAUCACCAAGGAGGUUGCCGAGGCAACGCUUCAAUGUCUGAUGGCCCAGGCUGAUGAGAGCGAAAGAAGUAGCCAUAGCUCCGACCUUGCAGAGUCCCUCAUCCUGGAAGAGUUUGGACGUUGCAUUCUUCAAGUGAUCCAUUCGGCCAGCAAAGCAAAAGGUGUGAAUCCUGAAUAAUGUGCUCCAAGUGAAGAUGGAGUAUAUAGCAUCUAGGUACUCUGUCAUCAACAUACCCCACCAGCUGUCCUCAGUACAGAUUGCAUCAUAGCAACCAGGCUUGUAUCAUAAUAAUCAUCAUAAUCAUCUAUUUUUGAUAGAGCUUGUAUUUCUGUAGGACUUACAUGUAGAUGAAAUUACUUUGGUAUAUGCUUGGCUCCUUUUUUAAGGUUCCCUCUCGAGACACCUUGGUUGAGAGUGGCAAGGGUAGAGAAAUGCACCCCAUGGAAGCUAACGCAUCUGGCUAGGAACAAAGUUUUGUGAUUAUUUGUGCAACAAGAGAGCAAGUACCCCUAUUGUACGCCCUAAAACUAGUGGUGAAAGAAUUUUCAAUGUAGCUGAUCCACUUGAAGCAUUAAGACUUUUGGUUUGAAGGUUUGUUGGUUCAUUUUACCUGACAGCUAAGAAAGCAUGUGUAUGCUGGUAAGUUAGUGCCCAGGGGAAUGAUGGCUUUAAGUCCUCUCCGAGGGACUUUGUAAUGAGGUGUAAGGCCUUACUAAAAGGCACAAGUGUAUCCUCUUGGUUUCGGAUCCUAGUCCCCCCAGGUACAAGCAUAAUGGUAUACCACUGCUCCAGAUUGCCAAAUUGUAUGUCCCACAAGUGAGGUGGGUGAACAAGGAUUGGCCAACAACCAUUUAAAGCCAGUCAUGAAAUUAUUAAAGCGAAACCUGUCUAUAAAGACCACCCAAGGGAGACAAGAAAAGUGGUCUUUAUAGGUAGGUGGUCUCUAUGUACAGGUUCCUUUAGUACAUGUUUCAAUGAGAAACCAUUUUCAUGGGAAACAAAAAAUGUGGUCUUUGUAGACAGGUGGUCUUUCUAUACAGUUGUCCACUAAAUCAAGUUUGACUGUAGUAUUAGUACAAUCCCUUGAUAAUGAUUUAUAUUUCAUGUAGAUAAAAGACACUGCCUUUCCUUCUCCCAUCUUCUAUUUUGAUUAUCGCGAUGUUAA